AUGUCGCAUGACUACGCGUCGCUGCAUCCCAUGGACGACGCCGUACCCGAACCAACUAAUAAUUCCAGCAUCACGGACCAGAAAUCCAGCACAGGUAAUGGUGCAGUCAACGGCGCCGUAUUCCGACGACAAAUUUUCCAACGAGGAGGCGCUACGAGGAGUUUAGUUCACGUGCCUUCGCUGCGUAGCCCUCUGAGCUACCGUAGCCCUGUAUCUGUCCAGUGCAUUUGUAAUUCGGAUGGCCUCUCGAUGGAGAACAAGGUGGAUCCCUCGACGAGGUCUAGCCUCGAGAGUCUCGACUCAAGUCCCACUGAUGAUAGCGACAACAACGUAAACACGGCGGAAAGGAACCUGGCUAUCAGGGAGGCAAGCACAGCCAGGAAGUCAAGCAGUGAGGUGUCUUCAUCCGUCCAGUUGGUCGAUAUUCAACGUGAUUUUGACCAAUCGCAAGUGAAAACCGACCGUCUUCAGAGGUUGGCUGGCGCUUACGAAAGUAUACUCACUGCCGUGGGAGAGGAUAUCCAGCGACCUGGGUUGUUGAAAACCCCUGAGCGAGCAGCAAAAGCACUGCUCUAUUUUACGAAAGGUUACGAGGAACGAGUCCACGAUCUCCUGAACAACGCAAUUUUUGAUGAAAAUCACGAUGAAAUUGUUCUCGUGAGGGACAUUGAGAUGUUCUCGAUGUGUGAACACCACUUGGUUCCGUUCGUGGGUCGGGUGUCGAUUGGGUACCUGCCCAGAGGGAAAGUGAUUGGCCUGAGCAAGAUCGCGAGAAUUGUCGAGGUAUUCUCCAGACGGCUGCAAGUGCAGGAGCGCCUAACUAGGCAGAUUGCAAUGGCGGUGACCGAGGUGAUCCAGCCACGUGGAGUUGGAGUAGUCGUUGAGGCGACCCACAUGUGCAUGGUGAUGCGAGGGGUUCAGAAAAUCAACGCUGUGACCGUAACCUCUACAAUGCUGGGUGACUUUAAGGACGACUCAAAGUGUCGUCGCGAAUUCCUAGCGCUGAUCGGAAAGCACUAA